AUUUCUUAUAACAAAAAGAAUUUCUUUAAAAAAAAUGAGGUCCCACUUUCAAGUGGUAACCUUGGUGAUAUGGUGUUGCUUUUUGUCUCCUCUUAACGCUUUAGUUAACUCUCCAAAAAUAAUUUCCAAAGAUGGCCAUUUAAUAUUUGAAUCUGGUUUGGACCGUAACAUCUCCUUUGUGCUCAAAGGCAAAUCUCGCUUAAAUAUCAAUGAUGAAUAUGACAUAUUGGAUUUGUUGCUGAAAUCAAAAAAGGGGCGUAUAUCAGAUGGUGGUGGUGCUGCCGAAUGGACCGAAGAAGAGGAGGAGGCUCUUCGGCAAUUGAUUGAAGAUGUGAAUAGCAUUAAAACAUCAGUCUUUGGUCCCCAUGGCAUGGAGUCUCAAUUCAAUAUGCUACAAAAUCGUACUCGUAAUGCUAAUCAGAUGCUAAGACGCUACAAGACGCGUUUGUUAAAUGUCGAAGGCCGGGUACAGGAUUUGUACGAUCGUUUGGAGAAAAAUUAUUGCAGCAGUAAUCCAUGUCAGAAUGGUGGAGAAUGUCUUAAUGUGUUUGGCACGUAUAUGUGCAAGUGUCCUAAAAAUUUUGAAGGUACCAAUUGUGAAAGGGAUGUCAACGAAUGCGCUCUUUAUGCAGGCACAGAUUUAGGCUGUCAAAAUGGAGCACUGUGCAUAAAUCAGUUUGGAUCGUACAGUUGUAACUGUCAACCCGGAUGGUUUGGCAUUCACUGCACUCAACGCAAAGGUGAUUGUAUGCAGUCCUCUGCCUGGGAGAUAUGUGGGCAUGGCAUCUGCGUCAGCAGCAAUGACACCUUUGGCUACAAAUGCAUAUGUGAUCAAGGAUGGAAGAAAUCGGAGCUGUCACCAGCUUGUACAGUGGAUGUGGAUGAAUGUGCGGCAAGUCAUACACCUUGCGUGACGAAAUGUGUCAAUCUUCCGGGAUCCUUUACCUGUGCGCCUUGCCCUGCCGGUCUAACGGGUAAUGGUGUAAGUUGCAAGGACAUCGACGAGUGUGCUAUGCAAAAUGGCGGUUGUAGUAUGAGUCCCAAGGUUAAGUGCAUCAACACCUAUGGUUCCUAUCAUUGUGGAGAUUGUCCUUUGGGUUGGACUGGUGAUGGCCAUACCUGUGAAAGAUCUUCUACCGCUAAUUCGGAGACUUCUGGUUCGAACAAUGCCAUAGGUUCGGUUACCACCUGUGCCACCUCCAAUAUUUGCCAUCCCCUGGCCAAAUGCUAUGAAAUUUCCAAUACAGUAGUUUGCAGCUGUCCUGCUGGCAUGGUGGGCUCGGGCAUAGGUGCCAAGGGUUGUGUGAUAGGCACCGAGCGCAAUUGUUUGAAUCAGCCUUGUUUGAAUGGAGGCACUUGCAUUGACAGUGGCAAUAGCUUCAAAUGUAUCUGCCCUGUGGGCUUUAUUGGCGAAACCUGUCUGCCAGUACCCAGUCCUUGCAGUCCCAAUCCAUGUCGCAAUAACGGCCGUUGUCGCCCCAUAACCACAGCCACCAAUCGCUCUUUCACCUGUCACUGCGUUUCCGGGUUUAGUGGAGAAAAAUGUGAGAAGGAGACCAGCGAUUGUGGUGGCAUUCUCAACGAUCUCACCGGCACGUUGACUUAUCCCACCGGAAAUCUCUACGAUCAUAAUUCCCAAUGUGCUUGGAUCAUACGCACAAAUGAGACGCUGGUGUUAAAUGUAACCUUUACCCGUUUCCAAUUGGAGGAUUCCACCGAGUGCCGUUUCGAUUGGCUGCAAAUAAAUGAUGGGCGUUCGGCUGCCUCUCAGAUUAUAGGGCGUUUCUGUGGCACCCACAGACCUCUGGGUGGCAACAUAAUAUCAUCCACCAAUAAUCUGUAUCUGUGGUUCAGAUCGGACAACUCCACGUCGAGGGAGGGAUUUUCCCUAGAAUGGAACUCCAUACCACCCCAGUGUGGAGGAGUUGUCAAUGUCUCCACGCAUGGCACAAUAUCUAGUCCUGGAUCACCGGGCUAUUACCCCAAGAAUAGGGAUUGCCGUUGGUUGCUGAAAGCUCCCACUGAUAGGCGUUUAAAAUUGACCUUCUUCAGCCUGCAAAUUGAGAAUCAUGACUCUUGUAAUUACGACUAUUUAGAGAUCAAAGAUGGCAUUUCUGGUGAGUCUCUGGAGAAAUUCUGCACUUCCAGUCAUCCUCAACCUUUGUUACUGCCCACAAAUGAGGCCUCCAUAACCUUCCACUCUGACAAUGUUGGUGGCGAUAUGGGUUUUCAAAUUUUCUACUCUGUCGAGGGUCGCAUACCAGGUUGUGGUGGCACUUAUACUGCUCCAGAGGGCAUUAUACAAUCGCCUCACAUAAAUCAGGAUUCCAUAUCCUGUGAGUAUGAUUUACGCAUGCCCUCAAAUCAGGCCAUGACUAUGACCUUCCGCAUAUUUAAAAUGGGCGAAAGUGAUUGUAUAGAGAUUUAUGAUGUCCAUUACGACACCAAUGAAAAGACCCUGCAAGCCAAAUAUUGUGGAGAUUAUCAGGGUUUGCCACCGCAGGUGAUGUCGGACUCUGGCAAGGUAUUGGUAAAAUUCUAUGGCAAAACGGGAGCCGAAUUUCAAAUAAAAUACAAGUCUGACUGUUCCUAUAUCUUUGAAAGCCCCGAAGGUGUCAUAAAAUCUCCCGGUUAUCCUGCCUUGAAUAAUAAGGAGCUUAGCUGUGCCUACAAGUUAACCCUGGAGCCUAACACGCUCAUUGCUGUGCACUUUGAAGAUUUCGAUUUGAAAGAUUCUGCUAUGGAUAAGGAUGAAGAUUGUGCCUAUAGCAGUUUAGGAAUCAACGAUGAUAUGAAUAAAAAUAUAAUGGGACCCUAUUGUGGCGAAUCAGCACCUCCCAUAGAUUUUGUUUCCAAAACCAAUUACCUGCAUAUGAUUCUUAGGACAAGUUCCACCACCACGGGGCGAGGCUUCAAAAUGACCUACAAAUCAGUGCCCAUGGAUAAAGAUGGCUGUGGCGGCAUGUAUACCAAACCGGGCUUAAGUAUACGCUUGCCCACAAACGAUGAGGGUCAAUAUAUGCACGAUAUGGAAUGCUAUUGGGUCAUAAUGGCUCCCAAGAACAAAUUCAUACAAUUAAAUUGGAAAUCAUUUAAACUAGAGGAGUCGGUGGAUUGCAGCUAUGACUAUGUGGAGAUAUAUGAUAACAUGGCAAAUGGAGACAAUAAUACCCCGUUGGGAAGGUUCUGUGAUGCCCACAAGCCUGAGUCUAUACUAAGUCAUUCGCGUAUUUUGACAGUGAAAUUUGUUUCCGAUUCCACUGACGCCAUGGAUGGAUUUGAAUUGGAGUAUGAAUUUGUGGAUGGACGCAAUCAAUGCAAUGGCAAUAUUCACUCGUCCACAGGUAAAUUGAAUAGCCCCAAUUGGCCGGCCAACUAUACAGAAGAUUUGGAUUGUACAUGGAUCAUAAAUACCCCACCGGGUACACAGUUGGAACUGCAGGUGGAAAUCUUUGAUGUGGAGCCAUCGAGAAACUGUUCCAGUGAUUGGUUGGAAAUAAGAAAUGGAGGCUCUAAUCACUCAUCUUUGUUGGGUAUAUUCUGUGGCAACUACUCCAAAAUACCCCAUGCCAUACCCUCUUUUACCAAUCAAAUGUAUGUGAGAUUCCACUCCAAUAGCUUUGUCAAUUAUCGAGGCUUCCAAAUUCGUUGGUUUGUCUUCUCCAACGGCUGUGGUGGCAACUUGCAAUCGGAUCGAGGUAUCAUUACCUCACCCUACUACCCCAAUCCUUAUGCCAAUAAUGCCCAAUGUGAAUGGCGUAUUCAUGUGCAUCCGGGCUCCACCAUUCACAUUACCAUUGAUGAUUUGGACUUGGAAACACACCCAAAUUGUCGCUAUGACAAUUUGCAGUUAUUCGAAGGUACCACAGAAAGUAAAACCCGAGUGGCCACACUAUGUGAACUGGAGGAGGAGAAUAAGGUCAAGGAAUAUAACAUUGAUUACAACGAGGUAUUAGUGACCUUCGAGACAGAUGACACCAAUCGCGAGAGGGGUUUUUCGCUAUCCUAUCGCUCCAACUGUACAACGACAUUGACCAAAACCCAUGGCAUGAUAGAGAGUCCCAACUAUGGCCUACCCCCAAGUGAAUACAGUGAGGAGGUAAACUGCACCUGGACCCUAAAGGCUCCCAAAGGCAAUCACAUACGCUUGGAAUUCUUGCAUUUCGAUGCAUCAGAUAAGAAGACCAAACUAAAGAUUCUCGAUGGCAAUCAAACUGUGGAAGUCCAAAGUGUGGGCCAGACAAUGAAUUCCACCUCUGAUACCUUGGUGAUUAAACAAACCACCAAUUUGCUGAAUUUCCGAUUGGAAUAUGCCAUGGUGGGUUGUAUUAACAUAAUGAGAGCUGCGGAGGGAGAAUUCCAAUCGCCUCAACAUCCCAAGCCUUAUCCAAAUAAUAUGGAGUGUCUGUGGGAAAUUGUGACACAGCCGGGCCAGGGCAUAGAGCUGACGGUAAGCCACUUGGAUUUGGAGGAAUCGGAAAACUGCACCAAGGAUGCUUUGGUCAUUUCACCUCAUCGGUAUUCGAAAGACGUUAAAGAACGGCAUUGCGGAAGAAGGGACAACAUUAUCAUCACCAGUUCCAGCCACAAGUUGUAUGUGAGGUUUUACAGCGAUGGCCAGGGCAAUGGCAAGGGCUUUGAGGCCUCCUAUAGUACUCAAAAAUCAAAAUGCGGUGGUAUUCUUAACUCCAAGAAUGGUAUCAUCACCUCUCCCAACUAUCCCAAUUCAUAUCCUGCAAAUUCCGAUUGCGAAUGGACUAUUGAGGUGGCUGAUCACCAUUCCAUUAUCUUCACCAUGGAAGAAAUGGAAAUUGAGGACUUCUAUGAUUGUGAAAUGGAUUAUGUGGAGGCAACCGAGGACAUCGGCGAGGAGGAUCCCGCCCAGAUAUUCAAGGAAUGUGGCGAUAUGGAGGACAAAGACACUUUAACUUGGAGAAGCACCCAGAGUACAGUUACUGUACAUUUCCAUUCGGAUGACUCAAUACAUCCCAGAGGAUUCAAGCUUAGCUAUGUAGAGGAUUGUGGCCAACGCAUGGUAUUGGAUGAUGAAGCUAUAUUCAAUAUAGACUUGGUCUCUCAUACCCUUAAGAAUCAAACAUGCGAAUGGCAGCUGCUUGCCAAGGAUCCCAGCAAAAAACUCCUGCUGAACUUUGGCCACGUUCAAAUGCAUCCCUCUCUAGCCUAUACCUAUCGCACCGAGGGGGAUUGCAUAAACAAAGGAGCUGUGGUCCUCGAUGGUCUCAAUGACACAUCUCCUGUGCGGGUGCGCUUUUGUAAAUCCGGACCAGCGGAUAUCAUUUCCAAUGGUCAUGCCUUCACUUUAAAGAUACCCUUGAAUAUCAUUUCCGAAGUUUUUGCGAUUGCCUACACCAUGGAUGGCUACUGUGGUGGCUAUCACUCUUCGUUGCAGGGCAAAUUCAGCUCUCCCCAUUAUCCCAACUCGUAUGUGGUGAAUAUGCAAUGCCAUUGGGCAAUUGUGCCCAGCGAGGGUAAUAGCAUCCAGAUAACCUUUGAGUCCAUGGACUUGGAAGAUUCGGAAGAGUGCAACAAUGACUAUGUGGAGAUUCGUGAUCAUACCGAAGAGAAAGUGUUGGGAGUCUAUUGCGGCAAAACUAUUCCUCCCACAUUAAAGGCCAGAGGCAAUGUGUACAUCAUAUUUAAUAGUAAUGAUGACAUUGUAGGCGAGGGAUUUUUGGCCAGCUACAAUUAUGAAAAACACAAUGAAUUGAAUGGCACCACGGGUGUGCUGCAGUCACCUGCUUAUCCAGCUAAAUUCCAUAGCCACGAAAUGUACAGCUGGCGCAUAACCGUGGACAAAGACUAUGUGGUGUUGUUGACCAUCAAACAUAUUUUGGAUACCGAUAUUCCCUAUAUAAAGUUCUAUGAUGGCUAUUCUGAUAUUGGUGGCCCCUUGGAAUUUACGAACAGCCAUGUCAUACAGUCCAACACCAAUAUACUCUACCUCACCGCCUACCGAGGACCUUUCCAGUUUGAAUGGAGCCAGCUUUCUAAAGCAGUGGUACGCGAUAAUCGCACCGCCGAGAGAAUGGCCGAAAUGUGUGGCAACCAGAGGUUACGCAUCAACAGCACUCUGCUCUUCCAUUCGCCGGGCUACCCCCAUGGCUAUGCGGACAAUAUGAAAUGCAAUUGGAUUGUAAUAUCAAAUGAUCCUUCACGUCACGCGGUGUUGAGAUUUCUAAAGAUCGAUCUGGAAGACACCGAAGGCUGCUUUGCCGACUAUGUGCGCGUCUCAGUUAGUGAUGAUAUGGAAAAUUGGAGAGCAAAUACUUCGCUAUGCAAACAGUCUACCGAUAAACAGAUCAGAUAUGAAGGCACACCCUAUUUGAGAAUUGAGUUUGUUACCGAUUCUUCGUCGAAUAAUACAGGAUUCUCGGCAAUUUUGCACACCGUAUGUGGCUCGGAAUUGAGAGAUCGCCGUGGUUUUGUUAACAUAACAGCGGAUAUGAACGGUCUGAAUACCAUACGCAGCGAAUGUGUGUGGACUAUAAGGGUGAGGCAAGGUAGACGCAUACGCUUGCGCUUCCCCGACUCCCAGCUAAAUACCCAGGAAAAUUGUCGUGUCUAUUUCCUGGUGCGCAAUGGCCUGGCCGAAGACUCGCCGUUCUUAGGCAAGGGCAAAUAUUGUGAGAGCAAUAUUACCGAUGUGCUGGAGACUUCUUCGAAUCGGGCCUACAUCAAAUUUGCACGCAAUGGAUUCUGGGGCUUUAAGGCCUCCUUCCACUACGAGGAGAUUACCCAGGAAUGUUCCUCCGAAGUGGUGAUCAAUGAGCAUAGCAAAUUUGAUCGCACUCAGACUAUACACUCGCCAAACUACCCGAAUAUACCGAAUCCCCAUACGGAGUGCACUUGGAAGAUAGUGGCUCCACUGCACAAAAGCAUUACCUUGAAUUUCUUUGGCGACUUCCAACUGGGCAAGUCCGGUGAUGACUCUUGUAGCGAGGAAUAUGUGCAAGUCAAUGAUGGAGCCACCGAACUGUCUCCCAUGAUAGGACGUUACUGCGGCACCAGCAAACCCAACUCCAUACGCUCCAUGGGCAAUUUGAUGCGGGUCUCCUACUUUACCGACGUGACAGAGCCCCGCAAGGGCUUCCAGGCCAAUGUGACCAUAAGCCGUUGUGGAGGUUUCUUCUAUGAGGGGGAGGGAGUGGUCAAGGCCCCGGAUGAUCUGAAACUGCUGCCCAAUGAAAAGGAAUUGGAGUGUGUCUUCACGAUAGAGACAGAAUUGGGCACCACCAUUGAAAUCGACAUAGACAAAUUGAACACGGGCGAAGAGGGGGCUCUGGAGGGCGAGGAGUGCGGCAAGAACACCCACAUUGAGAUACAGGAAGUGGAUGCCUUCACUACGGGAUUCGACAACAUCACCGACAACCGAUUACUGUGCGGUAGCAAGGGAUCCAGCUACAUUGUGGAGACCAAUAAGCUGGUGGUGCGUUACAAAAUACGCGAUGGCUAUCACCUGGCCGAUGCCUUCGAAAUCACCUACAAAGCUACAGGCUCUCGCUGUCACGAAACCAUCAAGGCUUACCAUGGAAUUCUGCAAACACCCAACUAUCCAAUGGGUAGCUACAAGCCCACUCAAUGUACUUGGAACAUAGAGGCGCCCAAAGGACGCCGCAUCAAAGUGGAAGUUCAGGACUUUGAUUUGGGUAACGCCCAGUCCCAGGAACAUUUCCAUGUACGCAUAGGCUUCUUCAAUGAUCCCAGAAUGACGUCGUCUAUCAUACGGGUCAGCGAAGCCCCUCCCAGCGUUAUAUACUCUUCGGGCAACACCAUGACCAUAGAUAUUCUGAUUCUGUCCUUUACCAAGCAUCGAGGAGUGAAACUUUUGUUUACAGCCUAUGAGCCAUCACUAUAUUGCCGGCCAUUGUACUUCGGCGAAGACAACAAGCCGCAGACAUUGAACUUCGCUAGGCCUAAUGGCACGGACAUUUAUUGCUCGCAUGAUAUAGGAGCUGAGUUUAAUCAAACCAUAGCAGUACAUGUGGUCAAGGAUGAGCGCUUUCCCAAAUCACGCAACGGUACAAGGGCUACCUUCAGCUGUACCUACACUAGCCCUUUGCAGCUGUAUGUAGGUGAACACCGCUUGUUGCCCCAAUUGAUGUGCCGCAACACAAGCCAGCCCUCAUUUCGGCUACCCUUUGCCUCCCAAAUGAUACUGAAUGGUAAUAGACGAAACGAUCUACAGAAAUUGCAGCUCGAAUACACGGCCUAUAAGUGCGGAGGCAUUUGGCCUCUCUACUACUACUAUGAGGUCAAUAUAACCCAACCUAAUAUGACGGACCACAGUGGUCCAUUGGAAUGUGCCUGGGUGGUGUGGUCCACAAUAACUCCCUCCACCGACCCCCCUGACUUCGAUGAUGUGGAAGCGGAUACCCAUUUUGAAAUUAAGCUCAGCACCGAUUUCAAGGGCAGCUGCGCCGACGAGUAUUUGGAUGUGUACAAUGGGCCCAACCAAAACCAUCCCCAUUUAGGUCGAUUUUGUUCGCAAUCGUCUUUGGGCCAACAGAUGGUGAACGGAGGUUUGUUUGUGGAACUUGUGACCAAGAACUACAACAACCAGUCCACCUUUACCCUCAAUGUACACGAGGGCAGUGGCUGCGGCGGCAAACUGACCUAUCCUUUCCGAUCCCUUAAAGUGGACUAUCAAUACAAAAACAAUGUGGAGUGCAUAUGGGAAUUGAGCACUGAGCCUGGCUUCCAUUUGGCUGCGGUCUUUGAAGAUCGCUUCUUCAUAGAAGGCAGUGCCAAUUGCUCCAAGGAUUAUCUGAAGAUUCAACAAACGAAAUUCGCAGGAAAUUGGGUAGAUCUGCAGGACUUGCAGAAGUUGUGUGGUCGUUCUCCGCCCAAAGUUGUCAAUACCACAAGCACAGGUAUGCGUUUGACUUUCCACACUGACGAUGAUGUUGUGGGCCAUGGCUUCUCCGUAAGUUUUGAACGAAACUGCGGCGGCAUUCUUUAUGCCACUGAUGAAAAGCAACGGAUAAGCUCGCCCGGCUAUCCCUCCGAAUAUCCCCACAAUAUCACCUGCAACUACACCAUAGUGUCCUCGCCAGAUCUCAAGAAAUCCGAAUCAGAUAAUCUGUAUAUACGCUUUGUGGAAUUCGAACUUGAAGAUGAUCAGCCUCCCAGGUGUCGCUAUGAUGAUGUCACCAUUCACACCAUCGAUAAUUUGGGCAAUGACAAAACUUUGACAUUGUGUGGCAGCAAGACUAACUACGAAGUGAGAGCACCCCAUAAGAUAACUGUUAUUUUCCGCACCGAUGCCAGCUAUGCCAACAAAGGUUUCCUCAUGGAGUACGGCCACGACAAGUGUGGAGCUAUCAUUACCAACUCUUCGAUCAUUGAAUCGCCACGCGAUUCGGAGACCAAUAUGUUUCCACAUUCCAGCAAAUGCUAUUGGCAGCUCAAGGCCCCGGAGAAUUACAAAAUCAUUGUUAAAUUUCAGGAGCUCAAUUUCGAGCAUCAUGGCAUGUGCACCUAUGAUUAUGUGGAGGUAUACAAGGGGCUCAAUACCGUCGAAGAUCAACGAUUGGGGAAAUUCUGCAGCAAUUUGACGGGUCUCAUACCGCCCAUUACCAUCAGUCAAAAUACGGCACUCAUUUACAGUGCUUCGGAUAAUCGUGAUGCCUCAGCCGGUUUCAAGGCUUUGGUGCGGUUCCUGCCCAACUGCGACAAGGUGAUUUAUCUGGACUCCUCAAACUCCUCGUAUGACUUUACCCAAUUCUCUGGUCAAUAUGCAAAUAAUUUGGAUUGUUCUUGGCUAUUCACCACCACGCCAGAUCGUCAGCUGAAGAUCGAGUUCAAUUCUUUUCAUGUGGAGAAUUCAAGUAGUUGUAGUGCAGAUUAUGUCGAUAUACGAGAUGGUUCUGGUCUCUAUUCGGAAGGCAUGGGUAAAUUUUGUGGACAUGAUGUUCCCAGUAGUAUGCUAUCGUCACGCCAAGCACUGCUGGUGAGAUUUGUAACGGAUGGUGAGAAUACAAGUGGAGGAUUUACAGCAAAAAUUACUUCAAUAGCGAAAACAUGUGGCCACCACAGCAUCGAUUUGAUUAAUGGUCAGUCUUAUACUCUGGUCUCACCCAACGAUGGAACUGGCAAAUAUCCCAACAACAUAAACUGUGUGUGGAAAAUCAAAAGUGACCACAAUAUACAUUUCAAAUUUGAGAAAUUAGACAUUGACAGCGGCAACACCAAUGGAACCUGCUCCGAAGAUUAUCUCAUGAUAGCCAAUGAUGAUGAUAUGGAUGCUAUAGAAAAAGGCCUGGGCACAAAACUCAUUUUUAGUGGUUUUGGUGAAACAAGAAUGGGUUACGGCAUGCCCGAAUAUGCAGUGGAACAUCUAUAUUGUGGUCAAAAAUUGCCUGGCGAUUAUUUUAGUUCCUCCAAAGAAGUCUAUGUGAAAUUCCGCACCAAUGAUAAGGGGGUGAAAACUGGUUUCAAGUUACAAGCCUCCAAGGCUGAAGGAUGCUUCCGCAACUUCACCGGCACCCAAGGACGCAUCAAACUUUCGGAGACUACUGAUCACUGUGAUUUGUUCAUUAAAUCCCCAGCCAAUACCUCGCUUUCUUUGUUCUACAGUGACUUAUCGUUUUCGGAAGCCAAUUGUAACUCUGAGUAUUUGGAAGUGUUUGAUGCCCGAAAUAAUACCUCCUUGCAGAAAAUAUGCGAAUAUGCUGCGGUGGGCAAAUCACUUUUCACCUCAAGCAAUGAAUUGCGUUUGCGCCUCAAACUGGAUGGCUAUUAUACCUCAGUGGACUUCACCUAUUUGGCCAGCAGCGAUGGACCGGGUUGUGGGGGAAAUUUGUACAAUAUUGUCGGUAUCUUUACCAAUCCCUUCUAUCCCAAUAAUGUGCGUCAAAAUUCCGAUUGUCGCUGGAACAUACAGGUACCGGGUAAUUUAAAAGUUUUCAUCAAUUUUUUGGUCUUCAAUAUGGGAGCCAAGAGUACUUGUCACACUGAUUAUUUGCAAUUGAUUGAAUAUGAAUCGCAAGAACAGCAGGGCAAGGGAGAGGGCAAGGUGGUUCGCACAUUUUGUGGUGGGGAUGAGCCCAGCUUCUAUCGCAGUGAACGCAGCUUUAUUACAGUUCAUUUCCAUAAGACACUCAACUAUGAUGGCAAUGGUUGGGUUAUACAAUUCAAGGGACUACAUCCAGAAACACAUAUCAAUACUUAAUACAUAAUAAAUUGGAACAAAAAAAAUAUUUUCGUAAUGCUGAAACUUAAAAUUGAUGAUACAAAUAA